AUGAGAGAUCGGCCCGUCAUCAGCAUCGAAAAUUACACCGUAUACUGCAGCGAUGAUGAUGAGAACAAAGUAUUUGGCUGCGCAAUACCUGUGAGGAACGAUUACAAGAACCUGGUGGAGGGAUUCGGCUCAACGUCGUCUAGAUGCGCUUUUGUACGAUUGCGGGAUCGCAGAGGACGUAAACUCUGGAUCAUAAGUGCUCACUCACCUACGGGAACCGCUGAGGACAACACGGAGCACACGUUGGACAACGGUGACCGUCUGGUCGACUUGUGCGAACAGACGGGUCUUAUCAUCGCUUCCACGUUUAAGAAAAGUCAUCGACGCCAUCAGCUUACUUGGCAGGGAUCAACCCUUUUAACGCCUGAAGAGCAGCGCAAGCGGAAGAUGGGGACUUUUAAGCUUCAGCUCGACUACGUUCCGGCGAGGAACAUUUCUCAAACAGAUAUCCGAAAAUCUAGAGCUGUUUGGGACGUUGCGUUUGACUCUGACCACCGUCCAGUUCUUCUCAGCUUCAAGAGUUCCACAAGAGAAACUGAGAAGUUCCUCUUCAACCGAAAAUCGACAUGGCAGGUCUGA